AUGCUACCUACCUUUGAUUAUUUCCAGUAUAUAAAGAUCCGAAACGCGAAACGUCGUGAACGUGAUGCGCGAUUUUCCUCGCUCAGUCCUGACUACCACACGCCAUUUUCUGCAGCAGACAAAGCUAUUAUCAAUAAGCCCAUCGAGGAGCUUGUCGGCGAUGUCCAGAAUGGAACGGUCUCGCCUGUCGACGUGAUUCGCACCUACGGCAAGGUCGCUGUCAAGGCCCAGGAGAAGACCAAUUGCAUUACUGAGCUUCUUCUACCUGAAGCUGAACAAUGGGCAACUUCCGAAGUCAAUCUCAAAGGUCCUCUUGCUGGUAUUCCGGUGUCUUUGAAGGAUUCUAUCCAGGUCAAGGGAUUCGACACAACGGUUGGAUAUGCUCGCAAGGCAUUCAAUCCCAGCAAGGAAGAUGGGGUUAUUGUUAAGCUUUUGAAAGACGCUGGAGCGGUUCCUUAUGUCAAGACUGCGCUCCCAAUGACUCUACUUAGUUUCGAGUCCGCAAAUGGACUUUGGGGAACUUGUCGAAAUCCUCAUGUCCCAGAAUACUCACCAGGCGGUUCAACUGGUGGAGAGGGUGCCUUGCUUGCCCUCGGCGGACGCAUCGGUAUCGGUUCAGACGUCGCAGGUAGUGUGCGGGCACCCGCUGCAUGGAGUGGAAUAUACUCGCUACGUUGCAGUACUGGUCGUUGGCCAAAGACUGGCGUUGAUACAAGUAUGCCUGGGCAAGAGGGCGUUCCCAGCGUCUUCAGUCCAAUGGCACGUACAUUGAACGAUCUGACCUACUUUACGAAAAGUAUCAUUGGUAUGCAGCCAUGGAAGUAUGAUUAUACAGUUCAUCCUAUUCCUUGGAGAGACGAUGAGAAGAAACAGGCCAGUAGCAAGCAGCUACGUAUAGGUCUUUUGAAAUCGGAUGGCGUCAUUCCCCCAACACCCGCCAUCGUGCGUGCUAUUGACACGACUGUUGAAGCACUCACUGCGGCUGGACAUACCGUGGUGGAAGUUACACCUCCAGAAACAGCCGAUCCUUUCACUGGGUUUGAUCUGGGUUCUCAGCUCCUCAACUCUGAUGGCUGCGUGACCUUCAACUCUUUCAGGUAUUCAUUCGAGCCUACGGAUCCCGGAGCCGCUCAGCUAAGCCGGGUCGCAUAUCUUCCUCGUGUGCUUCGAUACCUCUAUUAUUUGUACGUGCGAUAUAUCAAGCGCGACGUGAAGUGGGCCACAGUCAUUCGAGGAUUCGGCCCUAAGAGCGCAGCAGAACUGUGGCAGAUUACGGCUAAGCGUGAGGUGUUCCGCAGAACAUGGCACUCAUGGUGGGAUUCUGAGCCUCAACAAUAUGACUUCAUCCUGUGUCCUGCCAACGCCACUCCCGCCCUUCCCCAUGGUGCAAUGCACGAUGCUGUUUCAUCGUGCGGAUAUACGUUCCUGUGGAACCUGCUCGAUUAUUGCGCUGGUAUUAUUCCUGUUAGCCACGUCGACCCGAAGCUGGAUGCUUUGCCCUACACAGGCAAAGGAGGUUACAAGAGUGCAUUGAAGGCCCUAGGUCACAACCAUGCUAUGGCUCGUGGUGCUUGGAUGCAUUAUGAUGCUCAGAAAAUGGCCGGACUCCCUACUGCCGUGCAAGUGGUAGGACGUCGAUGGGAAGAAGAGAAAGUCCUGGGGUAUAUGGCUGCAGUUGAGAAUGCUCUGGAAAAUGCGGGGAAUAGAUAUACCCUUCUAGAUGUGGAUUAAGCUGUAGUUUGCGAAUCAAAGCAUCGCUCAUUCUUGUUUCGUGGUAUGGGAGUUGAUCAUGUUGUUAUGGUUCAUGUAUGAUGAGCUAAGCUGCAUGAGUUGUACAAGUACCGGGUACACCGCCACUGUUGGUCACCAACACGAAUAUCGAUAUACGAACGAAGUCAC